AUGUCGCACGACUUUCCCAAGGCCGCAGGCCAGCGCUUCAAUGGCCAUCACAUGGCUACCACCAAUCCCUUCAGCUUGCCGACACGUCCAGCUUCUCAAUGGGAAGACACUCGUGAUCGCACCAGCGAGCAGCUUCACGAGUCUGCCAUGUACCAGUUCGGCCUCGCAAGAGUCCCAAGCACUUCCACUUCUACUACUGGCUCGAACAAGACGCGUGCUACCCACGCCUCUGACCCGUUCGAGACCAUGCACCAGAAGUGGGAAGAGCGCGGUUGGCUUAUUCAGAAGCACGAGCGUCGCCUCAAGGACAGCAACAAGCUGCUAUCCAAGAUGUGGCGCCGUCUCGAUCCAUACGGCCGCGUGCUCGAGCUUCUGGAGAACAACAUGACUGUUCGUCGCCAUGCCGAACGUCGCGCUGAGCCUGCGUUCAGCGAGCACCAUGCCAUGCAGGAUCUCUUCUAUCAGCUGGCUGCAUAUGACUACGUUCAUGCCAUCGACCCAAGCCUUUUCAUGGCAGCCCCUGCCUCCCACACAGAUCCUGCUUUGACCGAGAGACGUCUCAACAGCCUGGCCAGUACCGUCAAGAUCCAGAGUGGCCUCCUGCAGGAGAAGAACGACACGACCGAGAAACUUCGUACCCAGCUCGAUACCCAGCGCAGGUCUCAUCUGCAGCAGCUCAGCGCGCACCAGAAGGACGGGGACGAUGCUCUCGAUCGCCUUGAGAAGCAGUUGCAGAAGGCCAACACCAAGAUCUCUCGCCUGAUGAACACUCCUCCGAUGUCAAAGCCUAUCGCAGCGCCUCGUGCUCCUCGCCCUCGCCCUUCCCGUGCUCCCAUCGCGAAGACUCCCGUUGCGAAGGCUUCUGUUGUGAAGGCUCCUGUCGUAAAGGCGCCUGUUGCCAAGGAUCCUGUUGUGAAGCUUCCGGAAACUGCAUUCGGCGGUGCACCCGAGAACCACACGUCCCUGACCUUCGAAGGAUUCUCCGAGCACAAUACCUUCAAUCCUGCCCGUCUUCUGAUGUUGACCGCGGUCAACCCUCCGUCCGAGCGCGCCACUUCAAUGACUGAGGACGACUUUGACGUUGGUCCCCUUUCUUCAGGGGCCAACUGUGCUCCUCUGGGGCCUCCCAAGAAACGCUACGACUCUGCUAUGCAGAGUUCGCGUAGUAGUCAGGCCCCUACUCCGAUGUCCUUCCAAUGGUUGUCCGGUGGUGACGCUCCUAACCAUGUGGAGCGUGUCGGCCCCAAGAGAGCCGUCUCCUUUCUGAACUACGAUGAUCCAGAGGAUGAGCCGGAGGACACCACUAAGGACUGCAAACGUCUCAAGUCUGGCGCUCUUACUCCUCCAUUGCCUGAGGAUCUCGUCAUGGCCUCCACCGAAGAAACCGGUGGUGGAGUUCCUAUCAAGCAUGAGACUGAUCUUGAGAUGGGUGAGGUCGAGGAAGCACGUGGUGGCAACAAGUACGCUUACGAGGACCUGGAUGAGAUGAUCGACCAGGCUCAGACGAAAGCUAUGGAUUAA